AUGCCACCGAGACGUGCCAUUGACGACGAUGAGGAAAUCACAGAGGAGGAGGAGGAAGAAGAACUUGAAACAACAAGUGAAUCUGAAGAAGAGAGCAGCGUGGAGGGCUCUGCGAAGGGUUUGGGGGCGGGAACGACCGGGCCGAAAGAGGCCGUGCUGGUAAACAACCCAAAUGACGAGAAAUACGUUGUGGAAGGAGCACGACACGUUCAGACCCCUCCCGAUAACGUGACGGGCUCAAAGAUGUUGUACAAGAGCCGGCCAGAGUCACCAAGGGGAAUGAGGGAAGGUAAUAAGCCCGAAACCAGCUUGGGGAGUCAAUCCCUGCUUCAGGCUCAAAUUCCUCAAGAGUCCUUAAAGAUUCCCUCUGAUAUGGAUAUUCGAAAGCUUCGUAACAACCCGAAUGAUGAAAUGGUAAGAGUAGAAGACGCACUCAAUAUUCCCACGCCUCGAGGGAAAGGUCAGGGAGAAGCAGGUGGCUUACUUUUGCGGAAUGCUCCUCAUGAUGAAGCAAUCCCCUUGUCUACUCGUGGUAGUUCUGUCGGUACACCGCGAAAGCAGACUGGUGAGAAAAUGGGUGCGAUGGCACCCACUGAUGAGGGGAGUAGUGCAGAUGAGGAAGCCGAGGAGGUCGAGAGUCAAUCCCGCGGUUACACCAACCAGCGGCCUGAGGCCAUUGAUACGGAGGCUCAUCUAAAGACCAAUGUAAUCCCAAACCUUGAGUACAAGCCACAGGAUUAUGCCAAAAUAAACAGUACCGCCAGCCGGGAAAUGCAAGAGCUCUUUAAAUGUAUUCUUGAUUACCAGCCGGUUAUCCCGGAUCUGCCGGCAAAAUUGCGUCCAUUUAUUCCCGACUACGUCCCAUCCAUUGGAGAUCUUGAUCCCUUCUGCAAGAUAUCCCGACCAGAUGGACGACCCGAUGGCUUGGGUCUUUUUGUCUUGGAUGAACCCUCCGUGUCGCAGUCUAACCCUGCAGUCGUCUUGUUAGAACUUCGUGCAACAAAUAUUCACUCAAGUGGUGGCUUGGCAGAGGUGGUGGACUCCUUUGAAGAUGCUGCCAAUCGGCCAGAGGUCAUUGACCGCUGGAUUGCGGACGUCAAAAAAGUGCACUACAAGAAACCCUUGCCCACGACCAACUACCAAAUGCCCAUGCCGGAGAUAGAAUCCUUGCUACAGGUUUGGCCGCCUGUGUUUGAAGAGUUUCUUAACUCGGAUAUUCAGUUCCCACCGCCAACAAUCGACAUGGACCUCGACCAGUACGUGCGCACACUUUGCUGCAUUCUUGACAUCCCCACGUACAACUCUCUUGUUGACUCUUUGCAUGUUAUGUUUACGCUAUAUCAGGAGUUCCGGGCGAACCAGCACUUUCAGCAUGAAUAG